AUGGGCUACGACCACGCCGAGCAGAAAGAGUUGGAACCACCGAAACCCGCGUCGAGCUCGGGCUCGGGCGCAAGUUCGAGCGACGAUGGGCCACAGAAAGGAUGGGACGCAGACCAAGGCAGAGACUCGGCGACCACAUUGCCCGAUCUCGAAGGCAAACAAGGGACCGAAAAUCGCAGGAAACACCGUCCACACCAUGGUCGAAAGUUUAAUCUCAGAUCCGCCGAGGACGACCUGCCGACUGACUGGUGGUUUGCAUCCACGGCCAUUCCUCUCAUUGCGGCCACCUUUGCGCCCAUGGCCAACCUGGUGUCCAUCGCCGCGCUCGUGGUCUCGUGGAGGAACAAUGUCGUCGACCCGGGCUCCGAAUACUACCAGGCCACGUCUGUCGGGUUCCCAGACCCAGCCUGGUGCAUCGACCUCAACAUCGCUUCUUUGGUCUGUGGGUUUGUAGGCAAUCUCUUUCUCCUCUUCAACUUCACCCGACGAGUCCGUUACAUUGUCGCGCUGCCUACGACCAUCGUCCUAUUCUACCUCGCCUCCGGCAUUUUGAUCGGCCUCACCAUUUCGAUGAACAUCCACUGCCCUCCCGGCGAGAACCAGGUCUAUUCUCAGGGCUACUGGAGCGCUGUGCUGGCUGCUUGUCUCUACAUGUUCAAUUCCAUGAUUCUCAUGGUCAACAUGUGGGGUUAUUUCCUGGGUCACUAUCCUCAGCAUUUCACCCUGACUGAUGAACAGCGCAAUCUUAUCCUCCAGACCAUGAUGUUCUUCAUAUGGCUAGGUGGUGGUGCCGGCAUUUUCUCCCGAAUCGAAGGAUGGACGUACCCAGACGCAAUGUACUUCUGCGACGUGACCAUCCUGACUGUUGGCUUCGGAGACUAUUUCCCUCACGACGAUCUCGGACGAGGACUUGUCUUCCCGUAUUCUGUCGGUGGCACCAUCAUUUUAGGUUUGAUGGUCAGCUCCAUCCACAAGUUCGCGGGAGAACUCAGUUCCGUCAAUGUACUGCGGAAGCACGUUGAGCGUAGAAGGGCUAAUACCCUGUCCCGGGUGGUGACCGUCGAAGACACAGAGGAGCAAAGGCGCGAAGACCUGGAAAAGGAGAUAGGGGAGGACGAGUCGCUUGGACGAAAGCCUUCAAUAUCUUCCCCUUUGCCUAAUCCCCAGAUCCUGCACGAUUUGGACACUGCAGCAGCACAGUCCAGGCUCUCUGCGGACAGUCGAUCGGAACGAGCCCUUCAAGGCCAUACUCCUGAACGACAAGUCGAAUUCGAAACCACCAACGCCAAAGAGCUGAAACAUCCAGACCAGGCGGAACCGCAUCCAAGGCAGUUCCUCAAGUCGCCACAUCACAAGGGUCAUAUGCAUGCCACUUUCGAGCUGAUCACGAAGCCUGUGUCAUUGCUUAGGAAAGCUAGGUCAAGGUCUCACAAAGCCAUCGUCAUGCGGGAAGAGAAGGACCGAUUCGAAGCGAUGCGGGCCAUUCAACUCAACGCCAGAAAGUUCAAGAAGUGGUAUGCACUGCUGGUAUCGGUGCUCGCGUUCGGGAUCUUGUGGUGCUUGGGCGCCGUCGUGUUCUGGCAGGCCGAGAAGCACACCCAAGGGUUGAACUAUUUCGAGGCAUUGUAUUUCUGCUAUGUCAGUCUGCUGACCAUUGGAUACGGCGACAUGAGCCCCCAAAGCAACGCUGGCAAACCCUUCUUUGUCGUUUGGUCUCUGAUCGCCGUGCCCGCCAUGACCAUCCUCAUCUCGGACAUGGGGGACACCGUCAUUUCGAGCUUCAAACGAGGCACCUUUCGGCUGGGCGACAUGACGGUCCUGCCCAAAGCCGGUCUUUGGCAUGACCUCCUGAAAUCAAACCCUUGGCUAUGGAAAUUCAUCAGCGGCAGGGCCGAGAAGAAGCGUCGGAAGGCGGGCCUUCCCGUCGGCCCUUCUGAAGACGACUCCCCGCCCGCAUUAAGCCUGGAGGAGCUUGCCGAUGACAGCCUCAGUGAGGCGGAACUGACACACCGUCUGGCCUGGGCCAUUCGCAAGACGGCCGACGACCUCCAGCACACCCCGAACAAGUGCUACUCCUUCGAGGACUGGUGUGAGUUCAGGCGGCUGAUCCACUUCACGAAAGACGGCCUCGCUGAGCUCGACUACGACGAAGAGACCGAGGGUGUUGUCGAAUGGGAUUGGUUGGAGGACACAAGCCCCAUGCUCAGUGCCCAGAGCGAGCCGGAGUGGGUGCUGGAUCGGUUAUGUGAGAGUCUUCUACGAUUGAUAAAGAAGAACACGCUCGCCGGAGCCAGUACGCCAGAUUUGGCUCCGCCCACGUCCAGCAGCAGUGCCACUGAUCUGCCGACCUCCAAGGUCUCCAGGAGAGGCACGAUAUCUCCUCAAACUGGUAGGGAUCCAGAGGCCGGCAAUUCGGGUAAAGGCAAGGACGCUCAACCUCGUGUGGCCACUGAGGCAGAGGCACGCCGGCGCAGAGCGUCGGGUGCCGAGGCCGUCUUGACUUUCUUCACGGGUGAGAGGAGAGGCGUCCAUUCUUAUGUGGAUGAGGCGCCGCAGUGGAGCAAGAAGGCCCGGGAGCGGAUGAAGCAGAGUCGGCGCCAUCGCGCGAGGACUGGGGCGGUCGGCGGCAGCAGAGGUGGUGCGGGACUUCGCGCGCUCAAGAAGGCGCAGAGUGCCACGGAUGGCGAGUAA